AUGACUGAGAAUGAACGUAAAGAUAUCCUUAUCUGUGGUGCAAGUGGUUUUACUGGUCGAAAGCUCUUGGAACAUAUUUUGCUGAAACGUAAGCAUCUGUCUGUAGGUAUUUUGUGUCGUACGCAGACAAAGAUAGAUCAGCUAGUUAAGGAAUUAGCACAUUUUGAUCAUGAAUUUGCUACUCAUUGUUGUGGAGUAGAUAAGAUUGAAAAGCUUGCUGCGGUCUUUUAUAAGUAUAAAGUUGUGAUUAACUGUAUUGGGCCUUUUAUUUAUACUGGACUUCCUGUUAUUGAGGCGGCUAUUCGGGCUCAGACUGAUUAUGUUGAUUGUACUGGUGAACCUGGGUUUAUGCAGAAGAGCUUUGAAAUGUUUGAAGAUAAAGCUAAAACUGCUGGUGUUCGUAUUGUGCAUGCUUGUGGUUUUGAUUCUUUACCCUUAGAUAUCGGUAUGGUGUAUACAAUGCAGGAAAUUGCUGCUCGGAAAGGUGAAGUGUCUAACUUAGUGGCUGAGUCUUACUUGCACUUGAAAAACACUAAGAUUAAUGUUGGGACUUUCAAAACUAUUAUUGCUAGCAUUGAUACACUUAAAUCUAAACCUUCUUCGUCCUUAGCUCGUAAAGAGAAAGAUAAAGAACUGGCUGUAAAGAGUAGUGCUAAGUCAAGUAGGAGGAAGGUUAAAAAGAUGCCUUUCUAUGCUAAAAAGACGGGUAUGUAUGCUAUGAUCUUCCCGGGGUCGGAUUCCUGGGUGUUACGGAAGACUCGGCAAGUUUUACCCUACUUCCCAGUCUGUCACUGCUAUAUCUCAAUUCCAGGAAUAUUAGGAGUACUGGCUGUUCUCUUUCUGGGACUUUUGAUUGGUGCAGUGUAUAUCCUGCCCUGUCGAUUACGUGAACAUGCUUAUGGGUUUAUUGACUGGUUUAGUUUUGGACUAAUCCGUGAGAAGGGGCCAACUGAGGAUGAGAUUUCUUCAUCUGGUUUUGAAACCAAAAUAAUCGUUAAUGGUAAAGAUAAGGAUCAAAACUCUUUUGAAGUCACUACAAUUGUUUCUGGGCCAGAUCCUGGGUACAUCACUACCCCUGCUGCAUUACUUGUUUCUGCUGAAACAAUCCUAGCCAAUCAAGACCUUCAAUCCCGACCGGGUGUACACACUCCAGGAUCUCUCUUCUACGACACCGAUAUUAUAGCUGCCCUAAUGAAAGAAAGUAUUAUGUUCUGUGUUGCCUCUGAGAAAUAA